AUAAGAUUUUUUCACUCAAUACAUGAAAGAUCAGUCGUGUUUCUCUGCUUCGGGAGCAUGGGGGGCUUAGGUGAGGAUCAAAUGAAAGAGAUCGCCUGUGCACUGGAGCAAAGCGGAGACCGAUUCUUGUGGUCCCUACGUAAGCCACAACGAAUGGGAGUGAUGUUGUCACCAUCUGCUUAUUCAAAUCUAAAUGAGGUACUGCCAAAUGAAAUCGUAGAUCGGACGGCUGAGAUCGAGAAGGUGACUGGAUGGGCUCCACAAGUAAGAAUCCUGUCUCAUCCUGUCAUUGGAGGGUUCGUAUCGCAUAGCGGUUGGAAUUCUACGUUGGAGAGCAUAUGGUUUGGAGUGCCGAUGGCCGCAUGGCCGCUGUACGCAGAGCAACAGUUGAAUGCAUUCCAGUUGGUGGUGGAGUUAGGAUUGGCGGUGGAGAUUAAGAUGGAUUAUUACAGGCGGAAGAUGAGAAUGGAGUAGUGAUUGUGAGCGCAGAAGAGAUAAACAGGAAUAAUGGGU